AGAGAGAGGAGCAAGCAGCAAACCCCCCUCCACCCUGCCGGGAUUACAUGAGGAUCUCCAGAGCCCUUGCAAGCUGCAAGAGGAGGAGGAGGACGUCCCCCUUGUUUUCCGUUAGAAAUCAGCCCUGGAUUGAGUGGGUGUCGCAAGGAGAGAGCAGGCAGAUCCCGUCGGAUCUUCAUUGAUCGCUACAAGCUGAGAGGUGGGAUCGCUCCUUGUUAACCCCUCGCUCGCCAUGGUGGUCUUCAAUGGUCUGCUGAAGAUCAAGAUCUGCGAGGCUGUGAACCUGAAGCCCACGGCUUGGUCCCUGAGACAUGCGGUGGGUCCCCGACCCCAAACCUUCCUGCUGGAUCCCUACAUAGCCGUCAAUGUGGAUGACUCCCGGAUCGGGCAGACCUGUACCAAGCAGAAGACCAACAGCCCAGCCUGGCACGAUGACUUCUCCACGGACGUCUGCAAUGGCAGGAAGAUCGAGCUGGCCGUCUUCCACGAUGCCCCCAUCGGAUACGAUGAUUUCGUGGCCAACUGCACCAUCCAGUUCGAGGAUCUGCUGCAGAAUGGGAGCCGGCACUUCGAGGAUUGGAUUGACCUGGAACCGGAAGGAAAAGUAUAUGUAGUAAUAGAUCUCUCUGGCUCCUCAGGGGAAGCCCCAAAAGAAAAUGAAGAACGAGUCUUCAGGGAGCGAAUGCGCCCCAGGAAACGGCAGGGGGCAGUUCGGCGAAGGGUUCAUCAAGUUAAUGGGCACAAAUUUAUGGCAACGUACCUUAGGCAACCUACGUACUGUUCACACUGCAGAGAUUUUAUAUGGGGUGUAAUAGGGAAACAGGGAUAUCAAUGUCAAGUUUGCACUUGCGUAGUUCACAAGAGAUGCCAUGAGCUUAUCAUCACGAAGUGCGCCGGCCUGAAGAAACAGGAAACCCCCGAUGAAGUGGGCUCCCAGCGUUUUAGUGUUAACAUGCCUCACAAGUUCAGCAUCCACAACUACAAAGUUCCCACAUUUUGUGAUCACUGUGGUUCAUUACUAUGGGGCCUCAUGCGGCAAGGUUUACAAUGCAAAGUGUGUAAAAUGAACGUACACAGACGCUGUGAAUCUAAUGUAGCACCAAACUGUGGAGUGGAUUCUCGGGGUAUAGCUAAAGUACUAGCGGAUCUUGGCGUCACGCCGGAUAAAAUCACAGCCGCUGGGCAGCGAAGGAAAAAGUUAAAUGCAGGUGCAGAGACUCAGCCGCCGGUUCCUGGGUGUCCAUCAGUGGAAGACGAUAGGUCAAAAUCUGCCCCAACAUCUCCAUGUGAUCAGGAAAUUAAAGAACUUGAAAACAACAUCAGGAAAGCUUUGUCAUUUGACAACCGGGGAGAAGAGCACAAAGCAGCGGCCACUGUGACAGCAGACAAUCAGCUGACUGUAACGGGGGAAAACGGAGAGAAUGGGGAGAUCAAAAUUCACCAAGCCAAGAGAAUGGGUCUGGAGGAAUUCAACUUCAUCAAAGUAUUAGGAAAAGGCAGCUUUGGAAAGGUUAUGCUUGCUGAAUUCAAGGGUAAAGAUGAAGUUUAUGCUGUGAAGGUCUUGAAGAAAGACGUCAUAUUACAGGAUGAUGAUGUUGAUUGCACUAUGACAGAGAAAAGGAUCUUGGCUCUUGCGAGAAAACAUCCGUACCUAACCCAGCUGUACUGCUGCUUUCAGACGAAGGACCGUCUUUUUUUUGUCAUGGAGUACGUAAAUGGAGGAGACUUGAUGUUCCAAAUACAGCGCUCGCGUAAAUUUGAUGAGCCACGAUCACGGUUUUAUGCCGCAGAAGUAACCUCCGCUCUCAUGUUUCUACAUCAACAUGGUGUUAUAUACAGGGAUCUAAAACUGGACAAUAUACUCCUGGAUGCUGAAGGCCAUUGUAAAUUGGCUGAUUUUGGUAUGUGUAAGGAGGGCAUUCUGAAUGGCGUCACUACAACAACGUUCUGUGGUACCCCAGACUACAUAGCUCCUGAGAUAUUACAGGAAUUAGAAUAUGGGCCCUCUGUUGAUUGGUGGGCGCUAGGUGUCCUGAUGUAUGAGAUGAUGGCUGGUCAACCUCCUUUCGAAGCUGACAAUGAAGAUGACCUCUUUGAAUCCAUCCUCCAUGAUGACGUGCUGUACCCAGUCUGGCUGAGUAAAGAAGCAGUCAGCAUUUUGAAAUCUUUCAUGACAAAGAAUCCCAACAAGCGGCUAGGAUGUGUGCCGUCCCAGGGCCUGGAGGAGGCCAUUAAACAGCACCCGUUUUUCAAAGAAAUCGACUGGGCGCUCCUAGAGCAGCGAAAAAUCAAACCUCCAUUUAAGCCCAGAAUUAAAACCAAACGUGACGUCAACAACUUCGACCAGGACUUCACACGAGAAGAGCCUGUUCUAACACUGGUGGAUGAAGCCAUAGUCAAACAAAUCAAUCAGGCUGAGUUUGAAGGCUUCUCUUAUUUUGGAGAGGAACCUUUGGCCUGAUUCGGUUGGUGCCGUGAUCUGUGCCCUCAUGCAGUAGUCCUAUGGAGACAAAACACGUGACUGAGAUUCAGUGGAUCCUUACAAACUUGUUUUAUGAUGAGCCUGCUACUUGUGUAAAGAUACUAUUUAUUGUUGCAGUUUUUGUUUUUUUAACUGAAGGCACUCUUAUUUUCUGUCUUACAAGCAAUGCAAAAUUGUGUUUUGUUUCCGAAACUGUAGCUGUAACAUUCUGCUUGGUCUGUGACCACAAAAUACUAGACAAUCUUAGGAAAAAAAAUGUUGUUUUUUUUUCUUCUUUAAUGUUGUACGUUAACUAAUAUUUACAAAAGGAAAACAGUGCAGUGUUGGCAGUUAGUUGCAAAAAAAUUUAACGUAUUUGAUCAUUCCCUUUUAAACCACUGAGAAAAUAGAUGAUGGAAAUCUGUACAAGUUUUCUGGGUUCUU